CCUCCCUUGAGCUCGCCCCUCAAUUAUCAUUCGCCGCAUCAUUUUCUAAUAUCACAUUCUCUCUCUCUCUCUCUCUCUCUCCAACUCUCUGCCAAUCUCGACGGUCUUUAGGGUUUCUGCAUGGAAACCUCUGCUUCUUCCUCAGCGACUCCUGCCCAAUCAUCAAGGCUUCGAUCCUGUCGCUGUAGCUUCUUCAGGCGCUGUUGUCGCUGCUACUGUUGUUGCUUCUAUUAAAAAAAAAUUGAGCAAUAUUCUUUUUUUUGGAAAAUUUGACAUUUUUUGGCGAAUUUUCGGUGGUUAUGGGUUUCACGGAGACUCAGCCGGGACUAUUUCUAGGGUUUAGCACGCAUCACAGUUCGAGCUCGUCGAAUUCAAUCCAAUCCGUUCCGCUGCAAUUGCUCGACCAAAAAGAAGAGCAAAUUAGGGUUGAGAAUGGAGACGAUCACGACGAAGACGAGAAUUUCAACCUCUUAGGGCAUUCAAUCUGCCUCAAAAGGCCGAGGGAUGUGUCCGGGUUCACUCCGAACCCAUCAAAGUGCUUGGCGGUCGAACCGAUGGGGCUGGAGGCAAGGCGAGCCGCCGUUCGGUCUUGGGGGAACCAGCCCCUUUCGUCUGCGGACCCGGAGGUCCAUGAAAUUAUGGAGAAGGAGAGGCAUCGCCAGUUCAAAGGCAUCGAAUUGGUGGCUUCUGAGAAUUUCGUGUGCAGAGCUGUGAAGGAAGCUCUGGGCAGUCACUUGACGAACAAGUACUCCGAGGGUAUGCCUGGAGCGAGAUACUACACUGGCAAUCAGCACAUUGAUCAGAUUGAAUUGCUUUGUUAUGAGCGUGCACUGGCCGCUUUCAGUCUUGAUCCAGAGAAAUGGGGUGUUAAUGUUCAGCCCUACUCUUGUACCUCUGCAAAUUUCGCAGUCUACACCGGUCUUCUGCUCCCAAAUGAUCGGAUUAUGGGCUUGGAUUCGCCUUCUGGAGGACAUAUGAGUCAUGGGUAUUAUAUUCCUGGCGGGAAGAAGGUCUCCGCCGCCUCGAUAUUUUUUGACAGUUUUCCUUAUAAGGUGAACCCACAAACAGGAUACAUCGAUUAUGAUAAGCUUGAGGAGAGGGCGGUUGAUUAUCGCCCCAAGAUACUAAUUUGCGGUGGGAGUUCAUACCCCCGGGAGUGGGAUUAUGCUAGAUUUAGGCAUAUUGCGGAUAAAUGCGGAGCCGUGUUGAUGUGUGAUAUGGCUCAUAUCAGCGGUCUUGUGGCAGCCAAGGAAUGUGCGAGUCCGUUUGAUUAUUGUGAUAUUGUUACGUCAACAACACACAAAAGUCUCCGGGGUCCUAGGGGAGGUAUUAUUUUCUACAGGAAAGGCACUAAAUUAAGGAAGCAAGGCGUGCACCAUAGUAAUGUAGACAGUAGUAAUCACUAUGAUUUUGAGGAAAAGAUAAACUUUGCUGUUUUCCCCUCCCUACAAGGAGGUCCCCACAACAACUAUAUUGCUGCUCUUGCGAUAGCCUUAAAGCAAGUAGCCACUCCAGAGUUUAAAGCUUAUAUGCAACAGGUGAAGAGAAAUGCACAGGCCUUAGCUAACGCUUUGUUAAGAAGAAAGUGCAGAUUGGUGACUGGUGGUACCGACAAUCACUUGUUGCUUUGGGAUCUGACUGCUCUUGGUUUAACAGGGAGGAACUACGAGAAGGUAUGUGAGAUGUGCGAUAUCACUCUCAAUAAAACUGCUAUAUUUGGUGAUAAUGGUGCUUUGUCUCCUGGGGGAGUGAGAAUUGGUACCCCUGCUAUGACUACAAGAGGUUGUGUGGAGGCUGAUUUUGAGACAAUGGCUGAAUUUCUUCUUAGGGCUGCUCAGAUUACUUUUAAUGUUCAGAGGGAAUAUGGAAAGCUUCAGAAAGAUUUUAUCAAAGGUCUCCAGAACAAUAAGGAUAUUGUUGACCUCCGAAAUCGGGUUGAAACAUUUGCAUCCCAGUUUGCAAUGCCAGGAUAUGAUAUUUAAACA